AUGUCCUCGAAGGACAGCUCCCCUGUGGAAGGACGCGGAAUGGGGCUUGCCGUAUACACGCGAGAUGUUGACAGUUCUCGCACCACACGUUCAUUCCUCUUCCGAGAUGAGCUCGUCGAACAAUAUUCAGAAGAUACUCAAGCGAAUACUGGACGAGACGACCGGAGUGUCUGUACUUUAAUCGAAGAUUGUGAACACCAAGAACGCUCAUCACAGGCCUGCAACUGCUACAAAGACACGGAGAUUGACGAAGCGUCCAUGGUCUAUAACGGGAGCAUCGCUGAUGGGGAAUCAUCUAGGACUCUUGGAAAGCAUCAUUUGAAUGGGGGCUCGGUGAAAAAUGGAAGUAAACUUGUAAACGGCAACCUUGACAGAGAGGCAUUUCUAGCGUUCUUCUGCAAUAAUUCGAACGAGCGGCCGGCUACUUCGGGAACUUGA